AGUCCACCCUCAACACGACCAUCGGAAUCAUGUGACCACGGGAGGCUUUGGGGUUUCAGCGCGUGACGGUAACGGUCGCAGUGAUGGGGUCUGUGGUGGACAUCAAGCUGAAACGGGCGAAUAAAGUUUAUCAUGAGGGGGAAACUCUGUCUGGAGUCGUAAUUUUAUCCAGUAAAGAAGCCAUUCAGCACCAGGGAAUCACCUUGGCCAUGGAUGGAGUUGUUAGCCUGCAACUCAGUGCAAAGAGUGUUGGUGUAUUUGAAGCUUUCUACAACUCUGUCAAGCCGAUCCAGCUCAUCAGCAAUAGCAUAGAGGUAACCAAGGCGGGAAAGCUUCCAAGUGGCCGGACAGAAAUUCCUUUUGAAUUCCCACUGAAGGUUAAAGGCAGUAAAGUUAUGUAUGAGACAUACCAUGGAGUCUUUGUAAAUAUUCAGUACACCCUCCGUUGUGAUGUCCGUCGACCACUGCUUGCCAAAGACUUGACCAAGAGCUGUGAGUUCAUUGUACAUUCACUGCCUCAAAAGGGGAGGCUAACCCCCAGCCCUGUGGAUUUUAACAUCACCCCUGAUUCUCUACAAAACAUCAAAGAGAGAACAAUGCUGCCUCGAUUUGCAAUCCGUGGCCGCCUUGAUUCCACAAACUGUGUCGUCACACAGCCACUCACUGGAGAAUUAGUGGUGGAAAACUCGGAAGUACCCAUCAAAAGCAUCGAGCUUCAGCUAGUACGUGUGGAAACCUGUGGUUGUGCAGAAGGUUAUGCAAGAGAUGCCACAGAAAUUCAGAAUAUCCAAAUAGCCGAUGGCAAUAUAUGUCGAAGCCUUGCCAUCCCUAUCUACAUGGUGUUUCCUCGACUUUUUACCUGCCCUACACUGGAAACAACCAAUUUCAAAGUUGAAUUUGAAGUGAACAUUGUGGUGAUUCUCCAGGAUGACCAUCUGAUCACUGAAAAUUUCCCGCUUAAAAUCUACCGGUUUUGACUUACAAAGAGAAAUGAGUGACAGUCAAUGACGUGAUAUAAAGAUGAAUGAUUUUGAAUUGUUGGAAAUGACUUCACAUUCCAUUUUGAAAAGCCCAUUUCCCAUGAAACUUAGCCAGUGGUUUAUUGGCACGGACCUUUGAGAAAUGGAGAUUUGUCUUGUCUUAAAAAAUAAACAUUUGCACAUUG